AAUUCUGCGGAGUUAUCGGUUUGUUUUCGUGUGGAUUUCCUUGAAGAAAAAUCCACGGUAUUUUCUUGCAACAUAUCUGAGACCAUUCCCUGGAAAUUGAUUCAAAAUUUCCUUUAAAUAUUCCGAGUACAAUUUCCUUUCCAUUUCCGGCUAAGAAUCCAUGGAAUUGUACGCAAAUUUUCCUUUUAAUUUCUUUGAGGCCUCGAAAAAGUGAAUAGAGGCCUCGAAAAAGUCACCUUUUUCAGUUCCACGCGUGCAGUGAAAGUGAAAAGUAGUGCUCCCGCAAGGAAUUUACUGAUUUUUGAGUUUGUUUUUCAUACCCCCACACAACAAAAAUGGCCGUUGAGAUGGUGGACCUCGAAAUGGCUUCCUCAUCAACACUACGUCCUGCGAGACCAAGUUUCCCAAUAUUUGAUAUGGCGGGCCUUCUAGAGGUCAACAAGUUAUGGCAGCACGAUUUGACGUCAAGGAAUAGACUGGAAUUUGAAUUGAAAUCCCUGAUAACGUCUAAAAAAUGGCUUACAAGGAUCUUCAAUGAUGAUUUCCUAAAUCACACCUUUUGUCUUCAGCCCAAUAAUGAGAAACUAAAUUUAAAAGAGCAGCCUGUCAUUCAGUGGUGUCUGGGUUCUAUCGGCGAUCAAGGGGCAUCAUCAUUGUCCCAUCAAUUCAAAUGUGUAAAAGACAACAAACGAAAGGAAAGGAAGAGACUGGAGAAGCUAAUCCAGCAACCCAUGUCGUAAUAGGUGGUUUGAUACUUCAUUGUGGAAACGGGAUCCAGAAGGACCGUUAAUACCUCUUGGGAAUUGAAUACAUAGAAGAGAGUCCCUUCAAAGGUUAACUUCAGUUGCA